AUGGCUCAUUGUGAGAGGGCUUCGAAGCCUCUGCUUCAAUGCCUGCGGAGCGCCUCUAGAGGUCUUAACAGCGUCCAGCUGCAGUCAACACGCGCCUUUCAAACAACCGCCAUUACUCGCGAGGAGGCCCAGACCGAGGCGAAGAGCGAACCUUUCCACAAAAACCCCGAUCCGUCUCUGGUGUCGAGCCCCCGAUUGGAGAGAAGACUGCUGCGACAGGGUGUUGCUCCUGUUGGAUCCCGUCGACGUCGAGCAGCUUUGCAGAAUUCCGACAACAUUCCCUUCGAACAGCUCCCCUACCAAUGCUUCCAGGAGGCACGAAAUGUCCUGCUCGGCGAUAGAGCAGAGAAGUUGAAAGAUAUUCAGGCAAUGAGGGAAAAGAUCGCGAGACUCCAGGCGGUUCAGCCGGAAGAUGCUGUCGGGGAGCAGUCCAAAAAGUCGAAAUUGCGGGCGAUGGAAUUACAUUUGGAGAGCUUGAAGGUCAAUGCCGACAUCAAUGAUCCAUUGGUCAAGAAGAAGUUUGAAGACGGACAAGGCGAUAUGAGCAAGCCCAUCUACCGCUUUCUGGCCGACCGUAAAUGGAGAGAGUACCGCCGCAAGAUCCUCGUCCAAAGAAUUACACAGAUGAAGGUCAUUCCCGACGUUCUUCCCCACUGCGACCCCGUCGUGGACACCAAGCUGUAUUUCAACAAAUUAAUCCAGCCCGGAGAUUUCGUGAACGCUCAGGCCAGCGCAACGCCCCCUAAGCUUGAUGUGCAGCUGUUUGAGCGUGGAGAAAAGCUGGUGACCAUCGCCGUCGUCGAUUCGGAUGUUCCCAAUGUGGAGGAGGACAGCUUUGACUACAAGAUGCACUACCUUGCUGUCAACAUCCCCAUCUCGGCCACCAACACCAAGGUCGAUCUCUCCAAGCUUUCGACCGAAUCUCAGGUUGUUCUCCCGUGGCUGCCCCCAGUUGCGCAGAAGGGCAGCCCCUACCACAGACUGUCUGUCUUCAUCAUGGAGCAAAAGGACUCCAAGCCAUUGCACACUGCGGCUCUUCAGACGGAGGAGGCGGACCGUGACAACACCCUCCUCCGAACCCUGCAGGCCAGAUACCACCUGAAGCCCAUCGGAGCGCACUUGUUCAGAACCCAGUGGGAUGAGACGACUUUGGGAGUCAUGAAGCAAAUUGGAUUCCCCGAAGCGGACAUGGAGCUUCGCCGGAAGAGGGUCGAGCCUCUUCCCUACAAGAGGAGAAACCCUUCUACAUUCCGGUGA